AUGGACUAUGUCAGCAAGUGGGUGAAGGUAGCAGCAUGCCAAAAGAAUGACGCCAACAUUAUCAUUAAAUUCCUUAAAAGGAAUAUUUUCUCAAGGUUUAGGGUGCCUCGAAUUCUGAUUAGUGAUGGUGGAUCUCACUACUGCAACUCUCAGCUUGAAAAGUUACUAAAGCAUUAUGAAGUGAGGCACAAGGUCGCUUCCGCAUACCAUCCUCAGACCAACAGCCAAGCCGAGGUUUCAAAUAGAGAGAUUAAGAGGAUUCUUGAGAAAACAGUUUCUUCUUCAAGAAAAGACUGGUCAACAAAGUUGGAUGAUGCUUUAUGGGCCUAUGGGACUGCACUGAAGACACCUGUAGGGAUGAAUCCGUUCCAGCUUGUCUAUGGAAAAGUCUGUCAUCUGCCAGUGGAGAUGGAACAUAAGGCUUACUGGGCUUUAAAGUUUAUGAACUUUGAUUCUACCUUGUCUGCAGAGAAGAGGAAGCUACAACUUCAAGAGUUGAAAGAGAUAAGACUAACAGCCUAUGACAACUCCAAGAAUUACAAGGAAAAGGUCAAGUUGUAUCAUGACAAGAAGCUUCUAAAGAGAGAAUUUCAAUCUGGUCAACAAGUUCUCCUCUUCAAUUCUAGAUUCAAGAUCCUUCAAGGCAAGUUGAAGUCAAAGUGGUCUGGACCUUUCACCAUCAAGGAAGUAAAACCUCAUGGAGCCAUUGAAUUGGUUGAUCCUUCCUCAUAUGAUCCAGAGAGAAGUUGGGUGGUAAAUGGUCAGCGUUUGAAACACUACUUGGGUGAGCCAGCUUGUGUAAUUCAGCCAGACUGCAUUCAACCAUCAUGUUUCACACCAAGAUUUCUCUUGGGAAAAUCCAAGAAAGAAAAAAAGUUGAAGCCAAAAAUUGAUGUGCAGAAUCAGGUGACCCCUCUUCCCGAGCUUAUUGUCGAGCCCACCAAUGCUAGAUCAAUGCCCUUUGUGGGAACACACGAGUACCUGGCACCUGAAAUCAUCAAAGGUGAAGGACAUGGCAGUGCUGUAGACUGGUGGACAUUUGGGAUAUUCUUGUAUGAGCUAUUGUUCGGAAGAACGCCGUUCAAAGGUCCGGCGAACCGUGUAACGCUAUUCAAUGUCGUUGGACAGCCCUUGAAAUUUCCAGAAUCUCCCUCUGUGAGCUUUGCUGCCAGGGACUUGAUCUGA